AACACGGGGCGGCGCUGCCCCGCACAGUACGGGAACGGCAGACCCGAUUGCCCGCCCGGCUGCACGGCGGUACCGGCGACAGGAUGUAGCACAACGAGUAGUGCAGGAACGUCCUCACCUUCUCCGACACCGUCUGCUGCAGCUGCCCCCUCGCCGUCCCCCUCUCCCAGCCCGAUCACCGUGAACAGUGCGGCCUUUCGCAGUACGCGUGGAAGGACCGGCCAUGGGGUGCUGUGGGCUUGGAGCCUUGACAGUUUCUGGGAUCGGGCCGUUGCCGUGGUGAACAUGAUGCUGGUACCGAUGGUGUUUAGCAAAUUCUUCCACGGCUAUCUGUUUCUACCCAGUUACUGCAUCGCGUGAAGAAGAUACAUGUUACUGCAGUUACUGCAUGAAUGAUGAAUGCAGUUCUUAUACGAAUAAACUCGAAAAUGUAGGAUGGCACUUGCAGUUCUAAGACUAAAGAUAAGAGCGGGGUAACAACGUCGCCCCGGCGCCUUAGUCGUCCGUCCGGCCGGACGGACGACUAAGUCGCCGUUUGCGGCGGGAAAUUUCGUCCAUCAGACUGGUGCCCCGCCCAGAACCAAAAUCGGGACCGCGUAGCGAACGCCUCCAAGUAACCGUAUGCAAAAACGCACUUUUUCAAAUGGAUUUUCUCGGUUUUGGUAUAUUUUUGGUUCCCGAAAAAAAAUGCUACACGCUCUCUGCGGUGUAUUUUCUUGGUUUUGGUAUAUUUAUUCAGCACGGUAAUCGCUACUAACUGUUGCCAGUCGCGAUUUCUUUCGUCGUAGCUUUUGCAAAAAAUCAAAUGUUGCCGCUGGCGCUUUUGCAAAUAAAUCAAAUUUCCAUUUGAAAAAGUGCGCUUUUCGCAUUUGAAAAGUGCGCUUUUCGCACCUCCGGUCCGGCUCCAGUCCCAGUUCCCCGGGUGCGAAUGCGCAACCCCCCCUACCCGGAAACUGGGACUGGAGCCAGACCGGAGGUGCGAAAAACGCACUUGUUUUUCAAAUGCGAAAAUCGCACUUUUUCAAUCGGAAGUUUGAUUUUUUUGCAAAAUCGACGAACGAGAAAGAAGCUGAUUUCCAAAAAGAAGGAUAGAGAAGUCGUGACACGCAACAGCAACAAUGUCAUAAUAUGUAUCAUAUGACGGGGCUGAGUUUGCUGCGUUUUUUUUUUUCGAAAACCGAAAAACAAAACAUGCGAAAACCAAGAAAAUCCAUUUGAAAAAGUGCGACUUUGCAUACGCUUACUGGGCGUUGUUCGCUAUGCGGUCCCGAUUUUGGUUCUGGGGGGCACCAGCCUGAUGGACGAAACUUCCCGCCGCAAACGGCGACUUAGUCGUCCGUCCCGCCGGACGGACGACUAAGGCGCCGGGGCGACGUAGUUGAAUCAAUUGUUACCCCGCUCUAAGAUAAAAAUGGAGAGAGUGUAUCAGGUACUAGGACUUUAUGCGCAGUUGAACAUCAGGAGGAUAGCGCUUAGAUACGCGCUUGGGCUUGCGCAGGAUCGUGCUUCUGCAUUAUGUGCUGCCCGCAACUUGUUUCGGUUUUGUGUUUCUGGCAUUUGAGAAGUCUCUUUUUAUGCUUUGUCUCGUGAAGGUGAAGAGCUCAAUUGACGUAAGGAC